UAUGCCUUCAUCAUACAAAUCUACAUAGUUUCACUUUUGGGCUGCAUGGUGGUAUCAUUAGAUUAUAUUAAUUUCAUAACAAUUCAGGUAUACUUAGCUUCUAUCAUAAAUCUAUCAACUUGACGUAUUAAAAUGAAUUCAGACUUUUAAGGCUAAAUUGUUUUUUUUUUUAUGGAUUUGCUGUCAGUCAAAACCCCUACUCUUUAAUGUAUAUUGAAUAAACAAGAAUAUGUUCAUAUUGAUCUUUUAAUAAGUUCUGUUGUUUUGUUUUUCAGAUAUAUGCUCUCAACUUACUUCACUCCAUGCUUCUUUAUAUUUGCCCAUAAUGGAUGGCAAUUUGUCAGUUUUGUAUCCAGAUUGUAAUAUUCUCCCAUUUGACUCUGUCAAUGAUAAUCUGAUGAACUAUCCUAGAUUGUAUCCCAAUAACUGUGGUCUAACAUCAAGCGCAUAUCUGAAUGAAUUCCAAAACGUAAAGGAAGAUUCACAGGGUUUUACACAGAAGCACAUGUCUGGUAGAAAAGCGUUGAUGUGUCCUAAGUGCAACAGUUUUUAUUCUGAAGACAGCAACUGGUGCUCAAGCUGCGGAGAGCUACUAAUUGGUGCGGAAUUAUGUUCUCCAGUUGAACCAAAAUUCAUCUCAAGUGAAGUUCCAAAGACACAAACUAAUUUGAUGGAUUCGAGUAACCCUUUAUCUAAUAUGUCUUCAAGUGUACCCAUUAGUUUCAAUAUGUCUUGUGAGAAUGCUACACACUCACCCAAUUUAGUUGCUUAUCCACGUCAUCCACUAUUACCCGUCGCUACAGAUGUAGCGUUUUCUUUACCGUCUUGUUUAGCGUCGACAUUCUCACCAAGAAAUCUAAAUACACAGCAUUCAGAGUGGAGCAAUUCAUCAUUCUCACCGUCAAAGCAGUUUGGUCAAGUAUGUCAUAAAGCAAACAUUCCUUUUUGUGUACCGGUUGACCCCUCAUUUUCAAGAUAUAGAAACUUUGGGAUUUUUCAGAAUGUCUCCGCUGACCAAAAACAGUAUCAAGUUGUAAAAAAUAACGAAUACAAUGAUCCUUGCAACUUUAAAUUGUUGUAUCCUAAAGAAAAUGGUUUCACUCAAUCCAUACUAUGGAAUUCUAAACACUUUAAUGAUAAUAAAAGUUGCAGUCAGUUCUCUCAUCCAUUUACCGAUGUUUCUGAUUACCGUCAUCGUCGUACAUCUGGUCAAGGCAUGCAGAAUAAAUUAACAAAUGAUCAUAGUAGCUUGGAAAAUGUAUAUCAUACUAACAGUGUCCCUUCCAGUUAUCAUAUAACUACCAAUACUUCACCAAUCAAUUUAUUGAUGAACACUUCCCAAGGCCAGUAUACAUUUUCAGAUAACUUGUGGAAUAAUUCUUCAGCAUCACAAAUUGUAGCUGACCUUUUGAGGGAAACACAAAUCUCAGUUUCAGCUAACACUGGUAUUCCUCCUAAGUCAGCAUUAUACCAGCCAUGGCAAUACCAAGAAAUGAUUCCCUCAGCCAGUAAAAGUCCUUCAGCAUCACGCAAAGGUGUUCGCAUACGUGGUGGAUAUUGUCGUCGUAAACACCCGUCUGAAUGUUCCAGAACUCAGCUUAAUAAUCUUACUUCUAUUCAAAAUCCAGCUAUCUGUCGUGCCCGUAGUUUUAGUUCAGAUUUUGAAGAUAAUAAUAACGGUGGUAUUCAUUCAUCAAAACUGCAACCCAAUCCUAAUUGGCAGUCAUCUAGAAUAGCCUGGUCAGCACAUGAUCCCGCAGUAUUAAAAAAGAAACCUGCUGCAUAUUUAAGAGCAUCCUAUAGUCAAGGAAAUGUUGCUUCUGUUCAACUUGAAUGUAAUACAAAUAUGAAACCAAAUAAUCCAAACAGUCAACUAGACAAAUCUCAACAGUCACUUCUUCUGUGUCCAAACAGUAAGUCAUGUAGUCAAAAAGUCAAAUCGAACAACACUACUGGAUCAUCUCCAGACAAUCGUUCAGAAUGGAAUGAUACACAUGCCAAGUCAAAUCGUCAUCAUCCACCAAGACGUAACCGACGUUAUAUAUCGAAGAGCCUUAGUGUUUGCAUGGAUGGUACAACAACAAACAAUCCAGUCGCUAGUAUACUGAAAGAGGAGAUUCCAACAAAUGUUCAUACUAAUAAAAUUAGCGAACCUAAAAAUGAGUUUAUUACAUCAAACUGGCUACUCUUGCCCGAUGAAUUAUGGCUUGAAGUACUACGAUAUUUAAGUCCAGUAGAUCGUGUACGGGUUGCUCAAACUUGUCGACAUUUGUCCAGACUUUCAAUGGAUCGUUCAUUAUGGCGAGUCAUUCAUCUUCACCGACAACAUCAUUUGACUGAUGCAGAUUUAGUGAGAAUUGGAAAUCUUAAACCAAAAGAAUUACGUUUCACUUAUUGUCGUGGUGAUAGCCUAACUGCUACAGGGUUAAAACGUAUGUUUCUAGUCUGUGGUCCAGGAUUACAAAAACUAUCAUUAAUCGGUUGUACUAAAGGACCAUUUGAUCAAGAUCUACCAUUGAGAAUAGUUGCUGAUCAUUGUCGUAAUUUACAACAUGUGAAUGCAAGUUAUACUCAAUCAGUACGUGAUCAAACUGUGAUUGCUCUAGCUAGAUCUGCUACGCAUUUAAUCAGUGUAAAAUUGAAUGGCGCCCAACAGAUAAGUAAUGCUGCUAUACAACAAUUGGUUCAUUAUCAUCAAAAUACUCUUGAACGUUUAGAGUUGUUUGGAUGUUUUCGUUUAAAUUCAAGUAUAUUGGCUUUAUUGGGACAAUGUCAAGAAUUGAGAGCACUGGCAUUUGGACAUCUUCAUCAUUUAUCUUCCGAUGGUUUAUUAGAACUUGUCAGCAAACUACCUCAUCUUUCUUCACUCGAUCUACGAGGAACACAAACUUUCAGUGAUGAUAAUAAUCUUUCUCAGUUAGCAGCCAAAUGUCCUCAUCUAGAAGAAGUUGUUUUAGCUAAUAUGCAUUCUUUGAAACGUGAAACAGGGAUUGCUCAAAUGUUACGCCGUUUACCUCGUUUGCGUGUACUCGAUCUGUGUGGUCUAGCCGCUGUUGGUGAUUUAACUAUGGAGGUUUUAGCCACUAGUUGUCCUCAACUUGAAGAACUUGAUAUCAGUUGUACUUCUGUUACCCAAAAAGGUUUAUUCCAUCUAACAAAUGCUCCUGCAGUAUGCUUAAAAUGUUUACGAAUUAGCCAUUGUAGAGAAAUAACCAGUGAUGUACUUGAAAAGUUGAUUGAAGCCUGCCCUAAAUUGACAUUAUUGUACGCCUAUGGAUUUGUUUCUAUUAAUGAUUGGGGCUUCCUUCAAAAAAUACGUCCUACUUUAUUAGUAGAGAAAGGUAUUUAAUUCAAUCAAUCAAUCAAUCCAUCCAUCCAUCAAUUUGAUGAUUAUCACACAUUCAAUUCUAUAGAGAAGUAAAUUAUAAAUUAAAAAAAAAUAAAUAUGCCAUUGAAAUAAGUAGUGAAUGUGCAGUUAAUAAAAUUACUCAUCUACAAAAUAAGAAAGAAAAAACAACAACAAUAAUAUAAUUUAAUCAAAUUCCUUUUCUCUUUUUUUUGACUACAUUUUAAUCUUAUCAUUAUAGUUUCUAUUCUGUUUAAUUACUUACUAACGAAGUAACUAACGCAUAUUACCCCUCAUGGAGGGGGGGAGCACAGGGCCACCCACCAGGAUUACUGUACUACUACUACUAAUAAUAAUAAAUUACAAAAUGCCAAAAAAAAUAUUAAAUAUCAAUACAUUCACUUUUAAGAAAAAAACAAACAAACGAAAAGAUACUUUGAUCCAAAUAGAAUAUCUUGUUGAUCUUCUUUACAUAUAAUGCUCUCUUAUUAAACCUCAUAUACCAUGUAUAAAUAAAUUAUCUUAGUUCCGGUGAGUUUUUGCACUGUUCAAUAAGUUAGUGUUUUUAUUCUGUUUGUUUGUUUGUUUUUGUGUAUGUAUGUAUGUGUGCUGUUGUCGUUAUUAUUGCACUUUAAUACCAAUAAUUAGUAAUACUUGAAAUUAUUUAUUUCAGCUUGUAUAAUUCAUUAGACUAUGAUAUUACACUAUCCUACUAUAUACUCAAGUAUAAUUUAUCAUUUAUUAUUCAAUUCAUAUAUGGACAAUAUUUAGAAUAUCACAAAAAUAAUUAAAUUAUUAAAUGAUUUAAUUAUUGUAUACACCUAUUAUUUACUACUUAAUUACUUAAAUAGACAGACAGGCAGAUAGAUAGAUAGCUAGUUACGCAUUACCCCUCCACCCUCCUUUGAAUUGCUCAUUCCAUCAUCAUCAUCUCAUGUUUCUAUGUUUGUUUUUCUCUCUUUUUUUCUUGUUGUUGGUGUUUUAUUUAGAAAAAAACUAAUAAUGUUUUAUUUAAAUAACAAUAAUAUUUUUUUGUCUUAUAAUGGUUUUCUUAUCCUUCUUAUAAUAAACAAAUUCAUUUCAAUUCCUGUUAUGCACUAUCAUCAACUAUUUAUUUAUUUCAAAUACCGCCUACAUACUACUUAUUUAGAUUUAUUGAUUGUUUAUCUUUUACAUCAAUAAAUAAAUAAUUAAUUAAAAAGAAGAACUUGAUAACACUGAGAUCUUAAUAAUGAUUAUUGAUUGUUAUUAUUUCAUUAUCCUAAUUGAUUAUUUGUUUUUUGACAAAUGGGUACGUAUCUAUUUAAGUUGUUCUUUUUUUUAAUGAAUGUUUAAUCAAGUUUAAUGGGAUUAACAAAAGGAAAAAACGACAGCCACAGCAACAACAACAAUAAAGAAAAGAAGAGAUUGAUUUUUUUUUAGAAUUUGAUUAUGAUCAAAACAAAACAAAAAGAUUAUCUAGAUAAUUCUAAUAUCCAUCAAUCAAUCAAUGAAACACACACACACACAUACGUGUUCUAUUCUUCCAUUCAUUUUUAUCUGGUUCUUUUUUUUUCUACAUGAUGAUAGUGAUCAUAUAAAGAACGAUUAGUUGCUGUUAUUGUUGUUGUUGUUGUCGUCGUUUUUGUUGAAUGCACUUUAUCCAGUGAAAUAUUGUCAUUUUUAUUGAUUAUAUAUCAAAUUGUAAUAAAUUUUUUUUUCGUUUUUUUCUCUCUUUUUGUAUUAUCGUUUGUCUUUCUUAUAUAUUUCUCUUUAUUAAUAGUCCGUUAUACAAUUCACUUAUAUAUAUAUAUAUAUAUAUAUAUAUAUAUAUAUAUAUAUAUAUAUAUAUAUAUAUUGUAUAUUUAUUAUUAUUCUCAUUAUCUGGACAAAUGAGACGGUAUUGUUAAUUCAAUCUAUUGUGUAUAUUGUCGAAAUGCUUGUUGUUCACACUUGACUUUAUCCUGUUGUGUUCUAUUAUCGUUUUGCCUUGUUAGUAUUCAACUCUUUCCCUAUAUAUAUAUAUAUAUAUAUAUAU